AUGAAUAAAAAUAAAACCGUUUCUAGGGUAUGGACAUACGUUGCUCUUUUAUUUAUCAUCGUGAGCAUUAUUCUGGCAUCAGUUUUGAUUCACCAGCAUGUAAAUGCAAACUUUCCCAAGAAAUGCCCCAAUAAAUUUGUUCUAAAUGGCAUUAAACCCGAUUAUAAGGCAAUAGAGAUCUUUUCCGACCUAACGCCAAUAGAAUUAACAACCGUCAAGGACUUCCUGGUGAACCAUAAGGAGCUCAAUAUUGUUGCCUCAGAAGCUACCGUGAACAGCAACUACAUCUACAUGAUAGAGCUCUACAACCCAGACAAAAAGGAAGCUUUGCAUUACUUGGACCAUGGAGGAGCCAAACCAGCUCGAGUUGCUAAGGCAGUGGUUUUCCGCGGAGCCGACGUUCAGCCGUCGGUCGUAGAAUAUCUGAUAGGCCCGCUUCCGAAUCCAACCUGGUACCGGCCACACAGUCCAUCAACGAGGAAACGCGUUAUUAAUUUUAGCUCUCGGCCAACGACAACCCCGGAAUAUAAGGCAUUACAUGGAGAAUUUAUGCCCAGAGUUUUUGAAAAAGUCAACCACAUCCUCAAAGAAAGUUAUGGUUAUUGGUAUACAAACUGUACUAAAAACUGCAUUAAUGCAGGUGACAUACCAUUGAGAGGGCUUAAGUCUGGAGAUAGGAGGUCUUGGGUCGUAUUAUUCAGACUUAUGGAAGGGUAUUUUUUGCAACCAUUAAACUUUGAAGUUUUGGUUAACCAUGAAAGCUCAAACGUAGAAGAGUGGGCAGUGCAGAAAGUGUUUUACAACGGGCAGUAUUUUAAUAGUCUGGAAGAACUCAUUAGCCAGUAUGACAAUGGACUCAUUGAUAAGAUCAAGCUAACCGGCACCGUUAUAAAUUCAGGAUAUGAUCGUCGCGGAGCUUUCAGAGCAGACACGUCUCAGACGGGACCGCGGCAGUAUGAGCCUGAGGGCCACCGCUACCAAGUUGACGGGAACUUUGUGCAGUAUAUGCCCUGGACGUUCGCUUUCAGAAUUUCUUACAUGGGGCUUCAGAUAUUUGACAUCAAGUACAACGGUGAGAGAAUUGUCUAUGAGAUGGGUCUCCAAGAUGCAAUCUCCUACUAUUCUGGAAACAGUCCCACCGGCACGCAAGGAAAAGCCAUUGACUCAGGUUGGCACUUUGGUGCCGACAAUUUUGAGCUUGUGAAGGGGAUCGACUGCCCGCACACUGCCACGUACCUGGACACGUACCACUUUGUGAACUCGGAGAAGCCGCUGAAAUACCCAAACUCCGUCUGCAUCUUCGAGUACAACUCUGGUGUGCCAUUACGUCGACACUUUGACAGAGAUAACCAUCUUGGGUUCACCUUCUAUGGUGGCUUGGUCAACUAUGUACUUGUGAUAAGGAGCAUCCAUAAUGUAUACAACUAUGAUUACGUGAUGGACUACAUAUUCUACCAGAAUGGAGUCGUCGAGGCAAAGGUUCACCCGACUGGAUACCCCUUUACCACAUUUUUUUUCGGUGAAGGCCUCAAGUAUGGCAACAGAAUAUCUGAUAACGUCCUAGGCAAUCUUCACACUCAUAUGUUAAACUACAAACUGGAUAUGGAUAUAGCCGGCACAAGCAACAGCUUUAAGACCGUGAGCCUGCAGCUCGAGAACACGACCGUCAUUUGGAGCCCAGAGCACACCAAGGUCAUGCCCCGCGUGAAGCACGACCUCAAGAAGACAGAGUUGGAGGCAGCCUUCAAGUUCGACGUCAGACUUCCAUACCUGGUGUUCAUGAACGAGAACGCCAGAAACAAGUGGGGCGCCCAGCGUGGUUAUCGCGUGCAGCUCACGAGCCACGGAAACCCCCUGUUGCCAGAGGAUUACGAAGAGGAGAAAGCUGUCACUUGGAGCAGGUACCAGGUGGCAGUGACGAAACUCAAAGAGACUGAGCGACAUAGCUCCAGCAUCUAUCAGCAGAACGACCCUUACCCAGCGGUCUAUUUCCAGGAUUUCCUCAAAGACAAUGAAAACAUCGUGAAUGAGGACUUGGUGGCCUGGGUGACGGUGGGCUUCGUGCAUCCCCACUCGGAGGACGUCCCCAACACGGCCACCGCCUGCAACGGCGCGGGCUUCUUCUUCCGGCCGUUCAACUUCUACGACGAGGACCCAUCGGUGGCCUCGCGGGACGUCGUGAUCCUGCGCCCUGGGUCUCACAGCUCUGGAAAGCCUGUCGUGUCCUGGUGGACGGAGCAGAGCCCCACUGAUCCCAGCGUGUGCUUGCCCGACAUUCAGCCACUAGCUUACAACGGCACACGCACUCCUGUCUGUUCGGCACGGCUUUCGGGAUCCGUGGAGAGAGUCAACUCUUUAAACAAGAAUAUUACUUUCAACACGAUAUACUAUAAGGACGUAGUUAUAGAGAGCCACCUCCGCAAUGGGUUCCAGUGCCCGUACUCCUUAGGUUACCCUGUGCAGGCCCAUAUCAUGUUCCCGCAGGUGGUUCGACAGCGACGCAAGAGGAACGAAGCCCUGCGAGAUCGGCUGAGCUGUUCAAGGCCCUUUGGAAGAUCAGCCGCUACCCACAAGAGUUUUAAGAAAGAUGAAAACCGCGUAGUCGCAGUGGACAGACAUGCAUGUUUAGUGAGUACCAGCACUGUUCUGCGACGGUAUGAAUUGGUAUAUGGAAUAACGUCUCCCGCUGUCGCGGUGCCGGGGGCUACUAGGGUUGUACCCUAUCGACCCCAUCCCCUGAUUGGGACCCCGUUGGGCACCUGCACUCUCGAUACUUUAGAUCAGUCAAUGGGCAUCGGCGAUUUCAGUACAGAGAACGCACGGGACCUUGCGGGCCUGUGUCCACGUUGUCAGAAGGUCAAACGGGUUACCGUCUGUUGGCAUAGCGUGGUGGUACGGACUGUGCAAAAACACGCUCAACUGAAUCGGUUCCCUUCUUUCUAUCACACCAAGAUUGUCUCAUGA